AUGAAGUUCUUCGAGAACGUAUUUACUUACGAUUACUCCUUCCCUGCUGUCUCUCUUGCCUACUUCCUGCGCUAUCCUAACCCGUAUUCUCGCCAUGUCCUAACGACUGAUGUUAUCGAUCGCUACGUCGAUCCCAAGACACAGCGUCUUCAUACAAUUCGUCUUCAUUUAAAGAAAUCCAAAGUCCCGUCUGGUAUACUCAAAUUGCUUCCCAAGGGCAUUGGAGGAUCCGACAAUUCCGGCCAAAGUUACAUUCUGGAGACCACGGUCGUCGACCCCAGGGAAGGCUGGAUGGAAAGUGAAUCACGUAACAUGGAAUGGACUGGUAUUCUCAGUGUUGUUGAGAAACAGGUUUACCAGCGUCAACCAAUUGAAGGGGCUCUUGAUAGUCUCGAGGGGCUUGCCCUUGACGACAAGAGAGGCGAGCAGACAACCGUGAAGACGACUGUCACGUUCCGUUCUCGGUUCGGACAAGGAAAGCUUCUCGGAAGAAAAAAGGCAGAUGCAAUUGGCGAUCACAGUGGCGAGGCUGAAGAGGAUGCACCGAAGAGGGGCUUUUUCUCCUCUCUAUCAACCGCUGGUAUUCAGCGGACAAUCGAACUCAUUGGGCUGAAGCGGACCCGGGAUGCCGUGCUUAAGAGCAAACAAGGCAUGAAUGUUGUGUUAGAACGUUUGCGUAGCGGCGGAAUAGUCGGUGUCCUAGAGGGGAUGCGCCAGGAUCGAGAGGCAACUUUUGGACAUGAAGGCCCUUGGAAGCGUGUUUGGGCCAGGGGUCAUGCACAUAUCGAAGAGGAUGAGAACUAG